AUGGUCUGCUGCCUCGUCACACCUCGCUGGCUGGUGUACUGCCUUGCUGCUGCCGUCUCCAUCUCGCGCGCGCCAAAAGGGCCUGCAGCUGUCUUUGGCUCGCAAAACAAGGGUUGGAUUGCGGCAUCUCAGCACUCUGCGGCCAGUCUCAACCAAAACUCAGCCGUCUCAGUUUCGAACUUGAGAGUGGCGACCGAGAGCGCAGAGGCUGAGCUGGCCAAGCCUGGUCGCCUUUCUGAGGCAGCAGACGGCGAUAGCCGCACGCGCGCAGGCAGAGUCUACGCACCCGCCGAGGCAGGCGACCGCGACCCACGCCAGGCCAGGCCUUGUCGACGCCCGCCACCAACUAUCCUCCUUCCUUCUCCCCAGUACCACACUCACAUCCUCAUCACACUUCAAGAUGGUAAGAUAUCUCGCAUCCUCGCCACACGUUUCGCAUCGCAGCAGAAUGAACGUCUGCUCAAACGUCGACGCAUUGGUCAUGGACAAGGUAUCAGAGCGGGUGGCGUACCUCUGCAGGACGCCACACAGACUCUCUUCCGUGUGAACGUCGUCAGCUUCUCGGACUGCUCCGGUGGCAUCGACAUCGCCUUCGCAGUCAUGCAAGAUUGCCACCCGCUUUUCAAUGGCCAAAUACUCCUCUUCACACCAGAAAUCGGUCAUCCACUCUCGGCGGACACUCAGUCGGUCGCAUGCCGCCACUGCCGUCCACUGCGUCUGCCAUCUCUGCGCCAUGCGGGCGACCACUCUCAUUCUGCUGCGAUGCGCGACUCCUCUUGUCUCGCCGAAAUUCACACUGACCAUGGCAAUUGCCCUCAUCUCGCUCAGACUCUCGCCGUUGACCUCCUCAACCCCUCGACCGAGCAGCAGGCUCGCUGCCACAAGCUCAAGCGACUUGUGCAGAACCCCAACUCGUUCUUCAUGGACGUCAAGUGCCCCGGCUGCUUCGCCAUCACCACCGUCUUCUCGCACGCCCAGACCGUCGUUGUCUGCGGCUCGUGCGCCCAGGUGCUCUCGCAGCCCACCGGUGGUAAGGCCCGCUUGACCGAGGGCUGCUCUUUCCGCAAGAAGGCGUAA